CUACCUUCAGUCGUUGUACAUCCGGACGAUCAUGAACGUUCGGUGUCCGAUGGCGAUGUCGAGUUGGAGAAGAAGCGGCGGAAGACCCGUCGACGUCGUGCCAACAAGAAUCGCUUCAAGCCCUAUCAUUCCCUGAGCCCGGAAGAGAAGAUGGCGCUCGAUGCUGCUGAAACUGCCAGAUCGGAGCGUAGGACACGUGAACGCAUGGCUAGUGGAAAACCUAUGGCUCCGAGUAAUACUACGCAGUUCUUACUGGAAGAUAGGGAAGCACGCGCAGGACAAGGACUAGAGGUUGAAUUGGCGCAUGAAGCAAGCGAACGACGACGUGUGAGGUCCAUCAGCGUUUCGAGCGAGUUUAUGGCUGCAAGCGAAGGAGCUUCGUCAAGUGGAGACAGUGAAACAGACAAGGAAAUGGAUCGAGAGUUUGAGGCCGAAUUCGAAGAGUACACAAUGGAUCGCCUUUCUAGGCUAAGCAAGGACGAGGUACGGUUAAGGAUUUAUGAAAAAAAAUAGGA